UCCGUUUGUUACUGUGUCCGUUUAUUAUUGUGUCCGUUUAGUCUGUGUCCGUUUGUUACUGCGUCCGUUUCACUCAGCUUGCUGUGUCCGUUUAUUACUGUGCGCAUCUGGGACGCUCCCUAAUGGCUUAUAACAAUGUAUCUUAUCAUGAGGCGAAAAGAAUAAUAAACGGCUCGGAAGAGAUCAAAAAUACGACAGAUACAUAAAACCGAAAGAAUGGCCAGCGUUACUAAAAAAAAAAAGUAGAACGGAGACCAACCCGAAUAGAAUAGAUAUAGAUUAUAUUCAAAAGCAAUACGCGGAAAAUAUUUAUCCAGUAAAAACAAGAGAAAGAGAGAAAGAAAAUGAGAGAGUAAAUCUCAAAUACAAAAUUAACUAUACGCCAUUAAACAGAAGAAACCAAGAAGUAGAUAAAGAGAAUAAUCAGGAGGAAAAGAGAAACCAAAGACCAAAGGAAUAUUAUACUACAAGAAAUGAUAGGAGUGCGGAAAUAAGAAGACAAAAUUACGGAUUGGCAAGAGUAAAUAAAUUAGAACAAGAAGAAGAAGAAGAGAAAUGGAUAUGCCAAAUGUUGAAAGUGUUUGGACCGAUAAAAAAUGAAGAGAAAUAGUUACAUUAAGAGUUUAAAAAAAAAUGAAAGAAAUAGAGAAUUUAGAAAAAAAUGAGGGAAAAGAUCGAUUACAAAAGAACGGGAAGAAUUGAAAGUAAGAGAACGACGAGAAGUAGAGGAAAGUAAAAAGAAAUGGAAGAGAGAAAUGUUAAUGAGAAACAGAAAUAAAGCAUAUGGCAAGAUGAAAGAAGUAAAAGAACGAUACUGGAUUGACAGAGACAAAGUUAGAGAAGAGGAACAAUAAAUAAGAAAUAAAUAACAAACAAACUAGGUCUAAAUCCUUAAAAAAAAAGAAGACAAACUAAAAGAAACAGACCCAUCUCAACUUAUAAUCAAUACCUUUGUAAUAAAAUUUGAUAUUGCAACUAUCACCAUAAUGAAUAGAUGCGUAUGGAACGCAAGAGGUUUAAGGAAUAAACAAGCAGAACUCACAAACAACAUAAAAGAAUUCGAUAUAUUGAUAGCUACAGAGACUAAAGUUAACUAUAAAAAAGAAGUAAUAAUAUCAGGUUAUAAAACAUAUAAAACACAAAAUCAAAACAGUAACGGAGGAAUAGCAAUUUUUAUAAAAAAUGAGAUAGAAUUUAAAGUAAUUGUAGAAUUGUAGAAUUAAAAGAAUGGUAUACAAACUCGGAGAACCUAGAAUUCAUUGGAAUUAGAGUACAAAAUACAAUAAGACAAUUUAACUUAAUAGGAGUAUAUAGGAAACCAAUGGGAGUAGAACCAACCAAUGUAUGGAAUGAAUUAAUGGGAUUCGAAGAUGAAGAACUGGAUACUAUAAUCACGGGAGACUUCAAUUCACAUCACAAUCUAUAGAACUGUAACAAUAUAGACAGAACGGAGAAAGAUUAUGGACAACAAUGUACAACAUGGUUACUUAUGUUUAAACACAGAUACAUUAUCAUUUGAAAGUGAAAAUGGGACAGAUGCAAGAUCUAACAUUGAUUUAAUAUUCGUAAAGGGAAAAAUACUAGACUUAAUGAGUUACGAACAAUAUCAAGAUACAUAGGAAUCGGAUCACUACCCGAUUAAAAUAUGUAUAAAUACAGAAGUUUAUCCAUACAAGAAAAAAACAGAUUAACUAAAAAAAAAAAACAGACUGGAAAGUUUACACUUCACAGAUGGAAAAAGAGUGGGAAAAAAGAGAACGAAUAGAAAUCCAUAUGGAAACGGAAGAAGAGAUAAUAGAAUGGUAUAAUAAACUUCAAGAAUCAAUGAAGGAGAAUAUACAUAAGGUAACGGAAGGAAGAAAGAGGAAAACAAAGAAACAACAAGAAAAGAGAGAAGAAGAAGAAAACGUUAACAAAACACAAAAUAGAAAGAGACUGACCCAACAGGUAAGCUGGUGGGAUGAAGAAUGCGAAAAAGUAUGCGCAGAAAGAAAAAGAAAAAUAGAUGGAGUCAUACGAGAAACAUGGAGGAUAAAAUUGAGUAUAAAAGAUGCAAAGUAAUAGCUACAAAAGUGAUUAAUAGGAAAAAAAAGGAAGAAUUCACAAGAUUUUCAUCUAGCAUAAAUAGAUUUACAGGAUUGACAUAUGUGUGGAACAAACUAAAAAUCCUGAGAAAUGCCAAAAAAAGAAGAGAGUGGAAUAAAUGGCAAACAAAAGAUAGAAUAGAAGAGAUCUAUAAAACAAUAGAGGAACUAUCACUAGAUUAGGUUACUAAAAAAUAUGAAAUCAAGGUACAACAAGGACAAAGAAAAGAACAAAGAACAAGAAUAAGUAUAGAACAACUGGAAAAAGAUUUCAUCACGAAUUACAAAGAGCUGUUAAAAAUAUAAGAAAAGACUCAGCCCCAGGAAAGGAUGGAAUAUAUUAUAAAAUGAUAGAAAGGUUGAAAAUGCAAAAAAGAUUUUACUAAAGAUCCAUACAAUGAAAUAUGGCAUACAGGAAUAAUCCCGGAGGAGUGGAGAGAAUAUCAAAUACUGUUCAUUGAUAAAGUAGGAAAGGAAGCAGUAAGACCCAUUGUACUAUCAUCAUGUAUGGGAAAAAUGAUGGAAAGAUUGAUAAAUGAAAGAUUGACGUGGUGGGUGGAAAAAGAAAGGAAGUUACAUGAAACUCAAAACGGACUUAGAAGAGACAGCAAAUCGGCAUUACAAGCGAUGAAAAACAAUAAGAUGAACAUGUAUCAAAAUAAAUAUUUAUUAGAGUGGAGGGAAAAUCAUUGGAAGACAACCAGACAUUUUAAAAAAAGAAUCAUAUAUAUUUGGAUCCCUGGGCAUAGAGGAAUAACAGGAAAUAGACUGGCUGAUCGAUUAGCAAAGGAGGCUACAAGAUACGACUACGAAGAAACAAUUCAAAUACCAAUCGGGGAUUUGAGAAACAUACAUAAAGAGGAAUUUUGGAUAGAGGAAAUAAAGAGGAAAGAAACUAAUGAUAGAAUUAAAGAUGAAUCGAACUUCAAAGGAAAACAUUAUUUCGAAAACUUCUACAACAAAAAAAAGAAAAAACCGUGGUUUCAGGAACUCAACGAAUCAAGAUAUUUUAUCACAUUCAUAAACAGGAUAAGAGCAAAUCACUAUAACGUGGGAGAAUCAUUGGCGAGAAAAGAUAGCAUACAUAGACAGCGAAAGAUGUAUAUGCGGAAUAGAGGUGGAAAGUAUUGACCACGUGGUGUGGCAAUGCCAUCGAUAUGAUGAAGAGAGAGAGAAGAUGGGAAAUAUACUGUCAAGCAGGGGAAUAUGGAGGGCAGCACAAGCAUAACAGAAUUAGUUAGGAGAGAAGACUGAUCAAAACUGGAGGUUAUAGUGAAUUUUCUACAGAAAGUGGGCCGAAUCAUAUAAAAGAAAGCAGCAGAACAAUAAUAUAUUUAUUUCACCAAAGGGCGUCAAUUAGCCGUAAUUCCUCGUGUGAGGCUGAGCACGCCCGUUCUCCUGAAGAAUUAGAGAACGAAACUCCAAAAAAAAGCUACUUGAAAUCAUCACCACCAUUUCUGCGCCUGGUUUGGAGAGGCAGGCGAUGAAAUUUUGCUGAUAUAUUUCGGCCAUCUUAGCUGAGUUGUAAUGCGUAGCUACCGUAUGGCUGCCUAUAAAACACCACUUAAAUCGCCUUAUUAAGAAAAAGAUUACGUCAUUCCAUGACGUCAAAAUACGGUAUAUUUCAUGACGUCAAAAUACAAUACAUUUCAUGACGUCAGGAAUUUGUGAUAUUCGACCGU